GGUGGAUUCCCGGGGGCAGGUGAGGGCGGCGGCCGCCAGGAGGAGCUCGGGCCGGGCAGGACAGGGACGGCGCGGAGCCGAGCCGAGCCAAGCCCGCAGGGAGUGCGAUCCGCCUCGCGCAGGCGUGGCAAUGGCAGAUUCUGCACGGUAGAGUUCAUGGCAAGUAUUUGUCUAAUAUAAGACAAGCAAGAGACACAUACAAGUUUAAGAGUGAAGACUGGAACAGCUAGAGUGAGGUGCGUAGCUGCAGCUCAAAGAAAAUGAAUGGCACACUGGAUCACCCAGACCAACCUGAUCUAGAUGCUAUCAAGAUGUUUGUGGGUCAGGUCCCACGGAGCUGGUGUGAGAAGGAUCUAAGAGAACUUUUUGAACAGUAUGGUGCUGUCUAUGAAAUUAAUGUCUUGAGGGACAGGAGCCAAAACCCUCCUCAAAGCAAAGGGUGCUGUUUUGUUACAUUUUAUACCCGUAAAGCUGCACUAGAAGCACAGAAUGCUCUUCACAACAUGAAGAUCCUCCCAGGGAUGCACCAUCCUAUCCAGAUGAAACCAGCUGACAGUGAAAAGAGUAAUGCAGUAGAAGAUAGGAAGUUGUUUAUUGGAAUGAUAUCCAAGAAAUGCAAUGAAAAUGAUAUCCGAGUGAUGUUCUCCCCCUUUGGGCAGAUUGAAGAAUGCAGGAUAUUACGGGGCCCAGAUGGCCUGAGCCGAGGUUGUGCGUUUGUGACUUUUACAACAAGAGCCAUGGCACAAACAGCAAUCAAAGCAAUGCACCAAGCACAAACCAUGGAGGGUUGCUCUUCCCCCAUUGUGGUAAAAUUUGCAGACACGCAGAAGGACAAAGAGCAGAAACGAAUUGCUCAGCAACUCCAGCAACAAAUGCAACAGAUCAGUGCUGCCUCAGUAUGGGGAAAUCUGGCUGGUCUCAACACACUUGGACCCCAAUACUUAGCACUUUAUUUGCAGCUCCUUCAGCAGACAGCAGCUGCGUCUUCUGGGAACCUGAACACAUUGAGCAGCCUCCACCCAAUGGGAGGACUGAAUGCGAUGCAAUUACAGAACCUGGCUGCAUUAGCAGCUGCGGCCAGUGCAGCUCAGAAUACACCAAGUGGUACCACUGCACUCACUUCCUCCAGCAGUCCCCUGAGUGUUCUCACCAGCUCAGCAGGUUCCUCACCUAGUUCCAGUAGCAGCUCCUCUGUUAAUCCAAUGGCUUCUCUUGGAGCAUUGCAGACACUGGCAGGGGCUACAGCAGGCCUCAACGUUAGCUCUUUAGCAGGAAUGGCAGCCUUAAAUGGAGGACUUGGCAGUGGUGGUCUCUCAAAUGGGACAGGUAGCACAAUGGAAGCUCUUACGCAGGCUUAUUCUGGAAUCCAGCAAUAUGCUGCUGCUGCAUUGCCCACACUCUAUAACCAGAGUCUCUUAACACAGCAAAGUAUUGGUGCAGCGGGAAGUCAAAAAGAAGGUCCAGAAGGAGCCAAUCUGUUUAUCUACCAUCUCCCCCAGGAGUUUGGGGAUCAGGAUCUGCUGCAGAUGUUCAUGCCAUUUGGAAAUGUCGUCUCUGCCAAGGUUUUCAUUGACAAGCAGACCAAUCUAAGCAAGUGUUUUGGUUUUGUAAGUUACGACAAUCCUGUCUCUGCACAGGCUGCCAUUCAGUCAAUGAACGGCUUUCAGAUUGGCAUGAAGCGUCUGAAAGUACAGCUCAAGCGCUCUAAGAAUGACAGCAAGCCAUACUGAGCGCCCCUCCCCUCCGGGACUGGAGUGAGAAGGAUCUUCUGCUCACAAGCUGAGGGGAGGAAACAAAGGUAUUUCUAUCACUUAAUAUAAGAAUUAUUUUAUUUAUAAACUCUUCAAGAAUGCUUUAGGAAACACAUUUUUUUCUACUCAUCAAACUGGCAACAGUGACUGUAGAGCUUCUCAGAGCCCAGAAUCCCCUCCUUGUGAAGUCAGGGAGCCAGGGGCUGUUUAUAUAAAAGGUUGGGAACAGAAAAUCCCUGUGCAGGUCUAAAGGUAUGAAAAGUGCUCAGCUAGGACAAGUCUUAACUUGCAGUGAAGUCUUAAGGAAUUAUUCUCUAAUGUGUGGAGUUUUUGUCUUGUAUAAUCUUUCCCCCAUACCCCCCGCCCUAUUCCAAAUCACCCACCCCCAGUUUCCUGGGCUCCUAGGGAAUGAGAAGGGACUGUAGCUGAAGGAAAGAACACAGAUUUCCUGGGCUACCACUGCCUAAGAACUUCCCAUGUUAGGAUGCAAGAAAAGUCUCAGCCGUCAAACCACCUGUGAAUCCCUUGUGUCCUCUCUGUCUUGUCUCUCAUGGUCUCAUUCUCUGUGGGCAGAUUUUAGCCCUGGAGCUGUAUUUUUUGGAGUUGGUCUCCUGGGGAGGGAGCUUGCUCUGUUCUUCUCUUAAACAGAGCUAGUGGAGACACUGGGCAUGGGGUAAGGUGAGUGCAGGCUAAUCAAUGUGUCACUAGGCUGUGGAGUGCUCCACAGACUGGGUGUUGAGAGGGAAAUCCAGGCCUCUGCUUCCAUUUGGUUUCUGGCAGUUUGAUGUUUACUUGGUGUCCUUCAUGUACUUUGACUUUUACUUGUCCAUCGUUGGCAUGUGCUGCCCUUCCCUGUCAACUCCCUUCCCCAGGAGAUCUCAUUGUACAGUGCCCAUUCUUGUUCUCUCUCUCCGUGUUUGGAUGUACUGCUCUGUGUAACUCAGUGGGUCUCCCUCUUUCUGGUUUGUUUUUUUUCUAGAUUCCUGCCGUUUGUUCAUCGUUGUGCCUAAAGCAUGUCGAUGUGGCGUUCAAGUACAUCGUCCAAAUCCUUGUCUCUUCAGCUUCUCUGAUGCUUGAACUCUCACCUUUGACCUUGUGUUGACCUUUGAUGCUGAUGUGUAUUUUUUAUUACGUUUGUUUCUUUCUUUUUUUUUUUUUUUGUGCUGCCAAAUUGGUUUUGCUAGAAAGACUGCUGAAGGGGAAUAUUUAAACUUGCAUUUGAAUAUAAAAGAAUUUCUAUUUUUCUAGACCUUCGUAAGAUAACCACUUGAUUUUGUGAAUCUGAUUCUUUGUAAUUGUCUUCAGAGCAGCCUUGCUAGCAUACCUUGUGGAGUAUUUGUAUUUCUGUGAACAUACAGCCAAUCACUUUCUAGGCUUAGUUUUUUCUGUGUGCUUAGUUUUAAAAACACAGUUUCGAAGAAAAAGUCAAUUAUAUGGUGUGACUUAAUCUUUCAGGAGACUUUCUAGUCACAUUUUGCUGAUCUGGUUUCUGUGCUUGAGGAGACAGCAUGUGUUUUUAUGAGUUCAGACUUGUGACUUGAGUGGUAUCAGCAGAAAACACUUGAACUACAUUUUCUUCUGAUUGUAGCUGCGUUUUUGCCCUGGCAUUUAUUGAUUUUUAUUAUUAUUUUUAUUAUUAUUAUUAUUUUUAUUUUUAUUUUUUUCCCCUGCUUCCCUGUGUGAUUAUCAGUCUGCAGUGAAAAUUUGAUCAAAGUUGAUGUUGUAUUUUGUUAAGCUCCAGCAUGCUUGGUUUUUUUGUAACUACAAUCUCCUCAGCAAAAUGUGAUGUUUUUGUUUUAAUCUUUCAAACUAAGAUAGUGCCCAGAAAUGUUUUGCAUGUUUCCUGCUGUUUUCUUCACACCCUCGUAUAUAUCACCUUCACCUCUCUGUUUUCUAUAGUUUGUGCAAAAACUGAGUAAUUUAAUGGGUUUCAAAGGUAUCCUUUAAAUUGAAGUUUUUGGUAUGACAAAUAUCUGAUCAGAAGCCACCUGAGGGCAUCUACCUGUGCACUUAGACUGUCUGCCUGACAGAGCACCUGGACCUUGUUCCAUCUCCAGUGCUGUCGGGGGCUCCCAGGGGGCUUGGUUGCACUGUUCCUGAAGUGGCAGUUUUGGUGGAAGGGAAUAGCUGAGGAGCAGGAAGGUGGGGGAACUUCACACUAUUUCUGUUUCCAAAGUUAUCUGAAGCCAGGGCUCCUUUGAAACACUCUUUAUGAGCAUUUUGUAUAAUUCAGGGCACAUUUUCGUGAAGUCCAGCCCCAGUUUAAUACCAUCAGUCAGACCUUGGUGGUAGGAUCCUGGAAGGAUCUAGGUUAGCUCUUGAAAUAACGUGUUUGAAAUAUCCCAGAGAAAGCAUUUGUAAACCUGGUCCUACAACUGCUGGCUCUUUUCCCAAGUGACAAGCACAAUACAACAGCCUCUGAAGCUGUUACCUGAACAGGGUACCAUCCCCAGCUCUCUUCUCAAGGGCCUUAGCUGGGGAAUCUCUACGGAGAUUUUUUAGUUUUUGUUUAGUUUUUAAUUGGGUAAUGAGCUAAGCAGUUUUUCUGGCUUGCAGGUUGAACUAGAACAGGUUACUGCUUUCUGGGUAGCAGGCCUCCCCCUACCCUACAUACCAUCUGUACUGGUAGAAACUGGGAUGUAGCUUCUAGAUGAAGGCACCUGAAGAGCGUGUGCUGUGAUGAAGUUUCAGUCAGAAGGAGAAGCAAGCUAGCGUAGGUAUAUUAACAGUAGAAAAUAAUGGGAAAUGAAAUCCCAGGAGAAGGGGUUUUGCUGAGAAAAAGAAUCGUGUUUGACUGGAUAGAAACCUUACUUUUGCCCAGUGUUUGGGAUAAGGCAAAGAUGCAAAAGGAUUUUUUUUCUAUCCUACUCCCGAGUUGGCUGAGGAUACUAUGUUCUCAAUAGAUAUUGGCUAGACUUGUGUAGACAGUCCUUAACCUGCAUAUAAGACAGAACAUGUUUGGAUAUGGUACAUGUACCUGGGAAUGAAGCAUAAGGCUGGAUGAAAAAAGGAGAGAGACUUGUUUAUUUGGGAGGUAGGGUUGUGGGCUGGCUGCUGUUAGUCCCACAGUCUGAAUGCACAGGGCUGUGUGUCAGUGGGGGGCACUGAUACCCUGCAGUGUAUUGAGUAACUGCCAAUACAUUUCUGUACACGCGCAUUUGGUUCCAUAAGGAACUUUGGGGAAACCUGUGGAAAAAUAUCUGAAGAAAACCAAAAUGCCAAACGUUGGAUGUUUCUUUCCUUUCUUCUUUCCUUUUCUUUCUUUGAUUGUUUUAAUUGUUCUGUGGUGGUUUUAAUGGAUUUGAGACAGUGGAGCAGCAGCUGCCUUUCUGAUUUUUGGCUGCUUUUUGUGAAUAAUUUAAAAAGAAAAUUUACAUUUUGGAGACAAACCUGUGGGCUUUUUUAUUGGUACAAACAUUGUAUUUAACACUAGGGGUUUUGUACAGUUUUUUGCCUUUUCUACUAGAAAACAAUGUAAAGUGAUUCACAAUGUGACGAGAAAACAAAUUGCCACUAUGACCAAAUGUAGAGUCUGUUCUGCAGUAACGGGAUUUAAUCAACUCAAAGUCGUGGUUCAGUCGUAGAAAUGCUUUUCUUUACCUUGUUUGAGCUGUUCCUUUUUUUUCUUGUUUUGAUUUGCAAAACAAAAUGUCUUUUUGUGUGAAAUUGUGUUGUACUCUGUAGAGAAUUACGGAUUUUACUUUAAUGGUUUAAAAAGCAGAGGAGCACAUGUUGCUUAUCUGAUCGCAGAGUUUGUGUAGUGGAUUUAAAAAUGAAAAGAUUUGUUACAAGUUUGGAACGAGCGAGUAUGUGUUAAAGGAAUUUUCUUCCUUUUGUGUGUGUGUUUUUGUUUUUUUUUCUUUUUGUCCCAAAGGGCAACUUAAAGCUGUUUUAAUUGCACAGACACACCGACAACAAGUCAUUUUGUAUAUGCCAAGUGUGGUACCUUCCUUUGUUUAUUUGCUAUUAAACUGUUUGAGAAGA